CUAAAUUACCUUUUUGGGAUAGGAAUCUGUUCAACUUUGAGGGGGUAAAUUUGUAAAAAGAAAUUUAUAUAUCGUUACUCUCCGUCUUAUUUAUAAGAAAAAAUAUUUUUUAGAUUCAUUGAAUAAUUAAUGUUUCAUCGGAUGCAUUCAUCAUUAGAGACAUGUUUUUAACCUUAUACAUAGUGAAAGUGUAGUUUUUUUGUGUCUGUGGUUGUGUCCACCACCAAACGCAUAGAGUAUUGUUUUAUAUGGCUUUCCUUCAAAGUUAAGCAUAAACUAAAUUUACUAAUGUUUUCAAAAUCUAUAAUGACAUAUUGCAUUACAUUACACUCUUCCUUUUGAAGACAUCAUCAUUACAUGACACAAAUCGUUUACAUAAAGCUUUAGCAAACCACAUAAACCACCAUCCAUUAGUGCAAUUCUUCCUCCACCAUGUUUCUUGUUUUUGUCUUUCUCCUCCAAUUGUGUUUCUUUCCUCACAUUGGUUUUUCAUCUCAUUGCACCACAGAAACAUCUAGUAAAAGUUUUCAAAAAUGUAUGAACCUUCCUACUCAACAAGCUUCUAUAGCAUGGACUUUCUACCCGCAUAACUCCACUUUAGAAGUUGUUUUCUUUGGAACUUUCAUUUCACCUUCUGGGUGGGUUGGAUGGGGGAUCAACCCCACUUCACCGGAGAUGACGGGAACUCGUGCUUUAAUAGCCUUUUCCGACCCAAACACAGGCCAAAUAGUCUUGCUUCCUUACAUUCUAGACCCGAAUGUGAAGUUACAGAAAUCUCCAUUACUCUCUCGACCCUUGGACGUCGGUCUUGUCUCUUCCACGGCAGCCAUGUAUGGUGGCAAAAUGGCCACCAUACACAACGGUGCCGCCAUCCAAAUCUAUGCCACGAUCAAACUUGAAUCAAACAGAACCAAAAUCCACCUUGUUUGGAACCGAGGACUUUAUGUUCAAGGCUACUCGCCUACCAUUCAUCCAACCACAUCCACUGACCUCUCUUCCAUUGCCACCUUUGAUGUGUUGUCAGGUUCGUCCGCUCCUCAACACACAGACCUCACAAUGCUUAGAGUAAUUCACGGCACCAUGAAUGCCAUUUCUUGGGGUAUUCUCUUGCCGAUGGGAGCCAUAACUGCACGUUACUUUAGGCCCAUUCAAGCACUAGGUCCUGCAUGGUUCUAUGCUCAUGCAGGAAUACAAUUGUUUGCUGUCAUUCUUGGAACUGUGGGAUUCGCCAUUGGCAUUCGCCUUGGGCAAUUGUCUCCGGGAGUGGAGUACAAGCUCCACAGGAAGCUUGGAAUCGCCGUGUUUUGCCUUGGAGCUUUGCAGACUUUGGCAUUGUUGUUUAGGCCAGACACUAGGAACAAGUUCAGGAAGUAUUGGAAAUCGUACCACCACUUUGUUGGGUACUCUUGUGUGGUGCUUGGGUUUGUGAAUGUGUUUCAGGGAUUCGAAGUGAUGGGGGCCAGCAGGUCCUAUGCCAAGUUGAGUUAUUGUUUGGGACUUUCUACUCUGAUUGGUGUUUCCAUAGCUUUGGAGGUGAACUCUUGGGUGGUGUUCUGUAGAAAAUCUAAGGAAGAGAAAAUGAGGAGAGAGGGACUUAUUGGAACUUCUGACAAAGGGAGCAGUGGCAUCCACACUUGAGAGGAGAAUACAUACAGACAUACUUUGUAGCUGAAAAAUUGUGGAAGAGAAUAUAUAAUGUUGCUCCACUUUUUGUUAAGAGUAAAUAGUUUCAUUUUAGUGCUGAAAAAUGUUGCUUGUGUUAUUUUAGACCCCGAAGUUUCUUUUAUAAGGUGAAUUUGUUAGUGAGUGGAGAGUUUUGGGAACAAAGUUAUAUUUAUGGAAAUCUUUGGGAACCAACGCAA